GCUUCUUCUCAGCCGUCCUCAUCACCACUACUCAACCAGCAUAAAGAGUCCAACGAUGUUUUUGUAGCUCAGCUUGGUUCAGAUUAUACACGUAGCACCGUUGAAACACUUCUAUCUGGCAGACACCGCUGCGCUUAGUAGACUUUUGUGCUUCCAGCACCGGGUCCUCCUUGGGGAGAAAAAAAGCGGCUUCUUGGCUUCAGUGCGGAAAAAACGGAGAGGUGGAGAAGAGGACCGAGCUAAGUCGGGCGUGGUAGCAAGAAAAAAACUCAUCUUUGUUAGCAAAACUUCAAAAAGUAGCAUCUAUAAUGUCGCUGUCGGUACCGCAGAACGGAGUAAAGGCGGAUAACGAACCCGUUAUCGAGCUGUUUGUGAAGGCGGGGAGUGAUGGAGAGAGCAUCGGGAACUGCCCCUUCUCCCAGAGGCUCUUCAUGAUCCUGUGGCUGAAAGGAGUCGUCUUCAACGUCACCACAGUGGACCUCAAGAGAAAGCCUGCAGAUCUCCAGAACCUGGCCCCAGGCACACACCCCCCCUUCAUCACCUUCAAUGGCGAGGUUAAAACUGACGUCAACAAGAUCGAGGAGUUCCUUGAGGAUGUCCUUUGCCCACCCAAGUACAUCAAACUUGCUGCAAGACACCCCGAGUCAAACACAUCUGGUAUGGACAUCUUCGCCAAGUUUUCAGCAUUCAUUAAGAACUCAAAACCAGAUGCAAAUGAGGGUCUGGAGCGCGGCCUCCUGAAGACUCUGCAGAAGCUGGAUGAAUAUCUUCGUUCACCGCUGCCUGACGAGAUCGACCACAACAGCAUCGAGGAUGUCAAGGUCUCCAACCGCAAAUUCUUGGACGGUGAAGAAAUGACCCUGGCUGACUGUAACCUGCUGCCCAAGCUGCAUAUAGUCAAGGUGGUGGCCAAGAAGUACCGAGGCUUCGACAUCCCCAAAGAGAUGACUGCCGUCUGGAAGUACCUGAACAACGCCUACACACGCGAGGAGUUCACCAACACCUGCCCCAGUGACAAAGAGAUCGAGAUCGCCUACGGAGACGUAGCCAAGAGGCUAGUCAAAUAAGCUCCCCUGACCUGACCUCCUCCCUGCACCCCUCACCCCGUAACCCCCCUUCUCUCUACACACUCCUCCCACCCAGCACUGGGACUGAUGUGCUCCAUCACGAGAAAGAAAAAAAAAACUCUGGACUUCUUUUCCUUCUCUCCUCAUCUAGAGCGAACCCCAAAUGCAUGAUCUUUUUGUUUGUUUUUUCUCUCCGAUUUUUACGAAGACCUCUUAUUAGUUGAUUCAGCAAAAGGUCACAUCAUCAUUAUUGCUUUUGUUUUUUCAUUUGCUGAUGAAUGUUGCAUUGGAGAAGACAUGUGUAUCAGCGCUUAUCAAUGUUGGGAGCCUCGUCACACCCGCUCCCUGAUAAGUGGCCUUAGAGCUGACCUUGUCUCCGCGUGCAGGGGAAAGGUCUCAAGCUGUUGUUUAUGUUCGGUUGUCUGUUUAAUAUUGAAAUAGCUCUUUCUAGGAUCGCUUUAAAAUGAACACUGAGAAGCAGUUUAUUUUCCUGUCUUUUGGCUUAUUAAGAGGCAUUGUAAACAGUGUUGAAGCUUCAGUGUUUUGUUUUGUUUUUUUGGCUCAAAGUAUUUGACAGGUUUAAAGUAGAAGCUAAUCCAAACCUGACAUAUCAAGCGAGAGAUGCUUUAUUUUAAUGUUGAGCUGUUUAAAAUAAAUCAAAAAUAAUUGUAACUGCAGGUAAAGCUACCUGGUAUCCAUGCUCUGAUUUCCUCAUUGCCUCAAACAGGCAAAAGUCUUGUAGCUCAGCUCAGUAGAAUUGUAGGGAAUUUCCUGUACCGGCUGCAGAAGUAACAACUCAGGACAAAUCUAACCUGAGGUCUAAGAAUUAUUCAACCAUAUGUAGCUGACAGGUAUUCAAUGGGGUGUAGAUGUCUAGACUGGCCUUUUGUUAAUCGCCACAGAGAAAGCUUGCUUGCUCUUUCUUCUCCUCUGAAGCAUGAAGGAAAAGUCUUUGGUCGUGCUGACUGUAGCGGUAGUUUGGAUUACACAUGGCGGACCAAAAAAGGGGGCACAUUAUACUGGUUUCACUGUGGAAAGGAUGACUCCGUUUGAAUAAAAAAAAAACACACACUUUCACUGUUAAUUCUCCAUAGCAUACAGAAUGAAGGACACUAAUGUGCAGUCAGGCACCAGGAAAGAUAUUUAUGACAAAACGAAUGAGGAGAGUAGCAAUGAAAGGAAUAUCUUCCUCUUCAGUAUGUAGAUUGAUCUCUAAGGUAGUGAAUGUAUGUUACGAUACAGUAGCUCCAAAGUGCUUUAGUGCGGUUAAAGCAAAACCUGUUUUGUUUUCUCCCGUUUGCCAUGUUUUUUCAGACAUUUGUUAUGACACAAAUUUGAUAAAAAAAGGAAUUGUAAAUAUUUGUUUUGAUUGCUCAGAAUUCAAUGUGUAAAUUUUAUACAUUUAAAUCUGAAUUUUGAGGGGAAUUUUCUUGCCUGCUUGGAUUUUAAUUCUAGAUAAACCAUCUCCUCUUUGCCUUACGUUUUCUCUCUGCGGAUGUUUUGCAGGCCGUUUUUUUCAGAGAUCAUUUCAUUACAACAUGAGUGUGAUGUUGUACAAAGGAAAUAUCUAAGCUAUGUCGUAGCUUUUUUAACAAUAUUGACUGAAUUGAAAUAAACUUAUUGGCACUCUGA